AUUAAAAAUUUGUUGAAACCCUUAUUGUUAUCACCGACGAAGUAAUUGUUUUAACAAAUUACUAUUUAAUAAAUCGGCGCAAUGGGUCAACACAAUUGUAAACGUUGUAAGAAAUCGCUCGUCUCCAAAAUUUUCUUUCGUCGAGAUCAUUUUAUACGUCAAGAAAUCAUUUCCGUGUUAAGUUUCGAGCAAGACGACGGCCAACGUCACGUAACGACCAUAUUAAAUUUACACGAUCGCUGGAAGAAACUCAAACAUGGAAAGCAUUGCAGCGAAGUAUUAGAACGCCGUAUGUUGCAUCACGCCGCUAAGUUGUGCUAUUAUUGGUGGUUAUCCAAUAGUAACUUGGUGUGCCAAGUCCUUUAUCGAAUUUACCGACUCGAAUCGCACUUUCCAAUCGUCUACAAUCACGUCAUUACCAAUGGAGAACCUCAAACUGACGAUUGGCCAAUUCCGAUAGCGCGCUGCAACGUAGAGCCUAAUGAAUACGCCAGGAUAAUCUAUUUCCUUCGUCACGCGAACAAUUGUAAAAUGACCAUUAACGGCGUCAGAUUCCCGGAUCUACCAACGUCGUCCUUUUAUUGGCUUCCACCGUGGAUUUCGGCCGUGUUGAAAAAAUACAUCAGGAACGAUCUACAACUUCAGAGUUCGAUACUGAUUGUUAAACUGCUACUUCGAAUUAUUCCUCAGCUACAACAAAGAGAUAUGAAGUUACCGGAUAUGACGGAAAUCCGUUCUUUCGUCGACGAUUUGAGUGAACGAGGAAUUAUAUGGAAUUUGAGGCGAAGGUAUUUGCAACCGUCAGAACUGCACCAUCUUUGUCGAUGCGUUAUCAGAAGACAUUUGAGGAAAAUGUGGAAACUUCCUCUAGGGAUUUUUGAGCUUCCACUCCCGAAUUUACUACAAAAAUAUCUGAAUCUGGAAGACGAUUAAUUCGCCAUUUAAAAUAUUGGAUGCGUUUUAUAAGUUAAUUUUGCGGAAAAAUUAAUCAAAAUCGUUGAAAUUUUACGACGUUUAGUAUCUAAUUUGGAUAAAUUGAAAUCGUGUUAAAUCAUAAUUAAUUUUUAUGAACUAAGUUCUUUUCUGUUUGAAACACUUCGUUAUCAUUUUCUAAUAGUAAAAUAUUUUAAAAUCAAUGUAAUUGAAACAUAAAAUUUAUGAAAUUUU